UGCUCAGAUGGCUCUGCCACCUCCGGAUCCACAGUUUGUUCUCAGAGGUACCAGUGCUGCAGUCCACACUCUGCAUUUUUCCUGUGGAGGCCAAGAACCUGACGUCCCCACUCUUUUCUCUGGGUCUGAGAAUGGGUUUAUCCAUGUCUGGAACCUGAAAACACACAGAGUGAACACAGAACUGGAUGGCCAUGGAAGAAAAUCUGUCUACUGCGUGGAGACAAUUGGUAGUAAAAACAGGCUCCUCAGUCAGGGUCGUGACCAGAGGAUCUGCUUGUGGGAUUUAGCAGAGGGACGUACUUCGGUGACGGAUUCUGUCUUCACGGAGAAUGUGGGAUUCUGCAGAUGCUCUCUGUUAAAGGUGGCACAGGGACGCUGGCUAGUGGCUAUGGCAGCCAAGGCCCUGGAGGAGGUUCAGGUUUUGGAGCUGCCAUCCAAGACGUCAGUCUGUACCUUGAAGCCAGAGGUGGGUGCCAAGCUGGGCAUGCCCAUGUGUCUGAAGUUAUGGCAGCUCAACUGUGGUUCACAACCUUUGCUUCUGGCUGGCUAUGAAGAUGGAUCAGUGGUCCUUUGGAAUCUGUCAAUGGGAAAAGUGUUGAGCCAACUUGUUUGCCACCAGGAGCCAGUGAUGAGCCUUGACUUUGACUCGGAGAAGGCCAAGGGGAUCUCAGGCUCAUCUGAAAAGGUGCUUAGCAUCUGGAGCCUCAAUGAGCAACAGAACCUCCAGGUUUACAAAACACACAAACUUGUCAACGCUGGCAUAUCUGAUAUCACCAUCCGUCCAGACAAGAAGAUUUUAGCAACGGCAGGGUGGGAUCAUCGCAUCAGGAUCUUUGGCUGGAAAAAACUGAAGCCCUUAGCAGUGCUGAACUACCACACAGCAACUGUCCAUUGUGUGUCCUUCUCCGAUCACAAAAACCCCAGUGAGAGACUGCUGGCAGCUGGCUCAAAAGAUCACCGCAUCAGUAUCUGGUCAAUAUAUACUCAGACAUGACAUGUUCUGCACUGUCAUGGACUAGGAAACCAGCACUGGUGAAGCAAUGCUUUACACUGUAAUGUGGGGCAUUAGUAGAAUGUAUUUUCAGGCUGAAGUGAGAGUCCUAGGUUAAUUCUUAUGCUGCUUGUUCAAGCUGCAAGUUCUGUUUUACAGAGAGGGAAGUGCAUUUUUAAAAUUCAUAACAAGCAGAGCAAGGCCAGUCACAAACGAAGACACAGAACAAGUCACUUUGAGUUCUGCUACAGGUUUUGCAACAGCUUUUCUUUGGCAGGUUGCUCAAAUAACUUGUGCCAAUAUCUUCUUUUGUAAAAAACGACUGGAAUCCCUCAGACUGCAGUGGGGGCAGACUACGUCUGUUUGUAAGUCAUGUAUCCAAGAAUCUGAAUCAGUGUAAAAUAUCACCCUUUCUUGAAAAUGUAUACCCAUUAAACCACCUCCAGUGGUUUCUCAUUGUCAGUUACUUUUUCUUCCCCGUAACUGAAAGGCUAUCAGAACAACCUUGAUUUGUUCACACUUCUGUCAGUUUCUAACUUAAACCAACAGCCAGGAAUGUGACUAGGGACGGCCUUUGGCAUUUAUGAAUUUCAUUAUGUCUCCUGUCACCUCAAGCCUCACAAUUAAUCACAAAAAAGAAAGGGGAAAAAAAUCUUCCCCUGCACUGCACUGCGAAGAGAUGUAAAGCCUUUUACAGAGCCAGUGCUAAAUCCUUUCCACAGACCAGCUAGCUGAAGGAUUUAAACUCAGCAAUCCAAUUAGCACCCUUCUCCUUGGAGAGUUAGGGAUAAGUUUCAGCAUGGCAAGUCUGGGAUUCAGCUACACAACUCCCAUUAACAUUUAGGGGAAUUGCAUGGAUAAAUCCUUAUCCACACAGUGCGAAUGGCUCCAUUAACUUGUCAUCUCUAUGGUCAUGGAAG